CAGGUUAAUAGCAAAGUUCUGACGGGCGAUAUUGCAGACCAGACCAGCUGGAUUAAAAAGGUACAGGCUGAAGUCAAUGCUCCUAUGCUGAGAAUUAUGGCUGCAGCAUUUAGAAGUGUUUAUAGUUCUACCACUGGACUUAUAGUUAUACCAACUGCACAACAAGAUGGAGUAGUGUAUAGUAUACAUUGGCGAAAUGCGAAGGUGCAUGUAUGAGUGGAUUAAGGAGCAUGAUAGGGAUAUAGACGGCUUUCAAGAACUCAAACUUCAGCCAUCUCUGAACAUGCCAAUAAGACCAGGCAUCAUCCGCUCUGGGAUGAGGUUAAGUUUAUUGACUAACACCCUCACUGGUACUAUCGUAGAGUCUUAUUCAUAUAAGACUUCACCUUAACAAUAUCAACAGGGACAAUGGAAUUGACAUUCCUGAAGCACGCAUGCCUAUGAUUAGACAGCAUAGCAUCCAAUCGUUACCACGACGGACUGCUCAGGGAACAGUUUCCUCCUCUAAUAAUACCAACAAUGCUUUGGAUUAAAAUCCACCGACCAUGAGUGAGGUUCAUGAUACACCAGUCACUAACAACCAUGUGAUGGUGGUACAAAUAGUUCUACUCAGUAAAUCGACAUAUUGCCUAGCUGAUUGAGACCUGCAGUAUGCUGUCGAAGCGUCGGGAUCAGUAUCUAUGUGACAAUCGUGAGACAAAUGAUUAACAAAACCAGUUAAUUACUACUUGGUUAAUACAAUGUAUCUGAUUAACAUCUGAUAUCAUUAUAACCCCGCCGAUCAAAAAAAUAAUGAAAAUCAUUUCUUUUCAGACAGGGGCAAGGGCACAUUUGAGAGCCAUUGGUUUCAAGGUAAAUAUUUAUGUUUAAGGUAUCACCACUGGGGUGUGGCAAACAUGCUGCCCAACAACCUGGAGUAAGUGGAGCAACCUGUUGGGCUCGUUUUUGUUUUUGUUGUUGUUGUUGUUUUUAAAUUACGAGUUGUGAAAUUACAAUAAUUUUGGUAAUUGAAAUUGACAAGUUGUCAGACAUGCAAGGAACAUUUGCUGAGAGAAAGAAUAUGUUAGUGGAAAAGGGGGUUUGGUAUCUCCAUACAACUGCUUCAGGUCCUUAAUUUUCAACAAUAUUUUGCCUGCAUUUCUGUUUUUGUUUGAUUGUUUUUUUUUGGUGAGUGAAAUCACAAAGUAUGUAACUGAUGCAUUAGAAUAAUUAUUAUUGGCGGUCAGCUUCUUUUAAACAGCCAGACCUUCAGAUGCUGUGAAUGAUUUAUCCCCCAUUAAUAUUUUUAGACAAGUUUAAGUUUAUUAUAAUGAAGCCCAUUUCAUUUUUUAUGGGAAAUUUAUUGUUACACCUGUAUGUGAAUGGAUGGGAUUUGAGCAUACAGUGUACUGUGCAAAAUCACACUGUCCAGCUCAUUGGGUAGAAUAUGGAAAUCAAUACAGUUAAAUAGAAUAAUGUAGGCUACAGCCGCUAGUAGGUCAUUAUGCAUUUUAAAACCAGUGAUCUAGUUUUUUUCUUUCUUUCUUUCAUUGUUAGCAAGUUUAUUUCUCUUAUCGUUUUUAGGAUGAAGAUUUUACAAAACCACUUAUAACAAUAGCAUGCCCUUACAUCAAUGUUAUACCAUGUAACUUCCACUUCAGGUAAAAAUUCUUUAUUAAUUAACUUUUGAUUAUGGUUUUAAUAAUGAUAUCGAUAUUAAUGAUGGUAAUGAUAAUGAUAAUUAACAUUUUUUUUAGAUCAAGUUGAAUAGUGGCAGAGAAAAUAUAUCAAGCCACAAAGCAGCAAGUUAUUACUGUUAAUAUCCAAGGCCACAAUUCACCAUGUGAUCUCAUUUGAAUAAUAAUUAAUUUAAAAGAAAAUAUUGACCGUUCAGUUCUGGCGGGCUCUAUAUUUCAUUAACAAGGAUCAAACCAAGCUUUUAAAGCAGCUUGUUCCUGUGAGUGCCAAAUAAAGAUGGACUGAUUUGAAACAAAAUGUCCAAAUCCAUGCUGUGCAGUGUAAAACUAAAGGAGUCCAGAUAAGAUAUUAAUAAAAAUCUGUAGCUUUUAGUUUAAGGUUUCCUUUAAAAAUUUAGAGGAAAGCACCUGUACGAGUGACAGAAUGUAAUGUAUCAUUGCAGGGAGCUUGCAGAUCAUGUGAUCAAAGCUGUUGAGGAACAGGGAGGUAUGACAUUCCUCUGUAAGUGAAAAGCGAAACUAUCAGCAAAAUCAUAAUUUUAAAAUCAAUUGUUGAUGCAAUUGAUUUUUCUCUUGGAAACGGCACAAUAAAGAAUGUGCAAAUGUCCAAAAGUAGUGAAAAAACUUUUUUUCAUUUUUUUUCUCUCUUUUUUAACUUUUUUAACAACUCCACAAACAGUAGGAUAUAGUAUUCACAACAGUAGUGAGCUGAUACAUAUACACAAUCCAAGCUAAGAUCUAUUAAAGACUUUGGCACAAGUUAAGGAGUUUCCUACCUUGCCUUUCAGGGAAAGCUGUUCUGAGUUGUACACCUGUCAUAAGUGAUGCAAUGACCAUGGUAAUGGACUAAUUACUCAUGCUUGAAAUGGGCCAGUUUCAAAUUAAUCCAAUUUCAAAUUAAAAUAAUUAGUCUCAACAAUCCACUUUCAAAUUAAAAUAAUUAGCCUCAACAAAUUUUACACCUGAGUCCACAAUAAUAUGUGACACUGGUCAGUGGAUACCUUCUUUUUGGCAGCUGUCAUUGAUCAUAACAUGGAUGUCCAAUAUCAAGUUCAACACAAUUUUACAAAUGUCUACUAAAAUCUUAACAACCCCUAUUUGCCUACCUUUUUGACCUUGAAGCUUUGCAAAGCACUGUAUUUGAAUUUUCCGUUUGAUUUGAAGUGAGUAUUCAGAAAAUAAUAUUGUAAGGCCCAUAGCGAGGUGACUAGUAAUCUUGUUUUGUUUAAAUUAUUGUUUAGGGAACUAGUGGUAUGAAAUAUUCUCUGAUAUCAAGAGACUGGAUCACAGAUUGCAUCGAAAUAACACAUUCUGGUUACACAGGGGUGAGAUAAAUAAAUAAAAAAAGUAUUGUUAUUUUUAUCCUCUUUAUCAAUAACAAAUUGGUCUUUUUUUUUCUCUCACAAUUUUGUACUGAUAAAUCUUCAAAUUUGCUGUGACAAAUUCUAAUAUUGUAUUCUCUCGACAAGAGAGAGCGAACGACAAGAAAGAAAAUAUAGAAAGGAGGUAUUAACCAGGGGCCUCUAUCGCCAAAUUAUUGCUUCAAUACCUGUGUUUUUUUCUACUCAGGAUGGUAUGAUCUGCCUGGCUGGUUGUGACAAGACAAUACCUGGUGUAACAAUGGCUCUGCCAAGACUCAAUGCGGUGAGUUUAGAUACUGCCUCACUGGAAGGUCAUGAGUCUGUUGAGAUGACCAGAUUAAAAGUGUCCCAAAUAGCUGUUACGCAUGGAAUUGCCAGGCGUGAAACUACUUACUUUGCUAUAUCAUUUAUUCAGAGAUAAUCAACAUUGUCGGCUUAUGCCAGGCUCUGGUCAGUGCAUAACUCAGAACGAAAAACCCUCGCGAACACACCAGCGCCCAUGCGGUUUUUGUGCAUUUUUUUUCCACCCGCUUUCCCACUAUCUUAGAGUAUGGAACAGGUUAAAUCAACCAUAAAUAGAGUGACCAAAAUAAACCAUAAAUAGAGUGACCAAAAUUGUCCGUUCGCUGCUCUGUCUUUUUGCUUUAAACGCGGUUCUUAUGCACCUAUCAGUGUAAACCUCGUGAGGGGGGAGUGCGGGCAAGGGGUGGGGAUUUGACAAAUUUUGAAAUUUUUUUAUCAAAUUCCCCAGGGUGGGAAACGAAAGGUUGAUCAAAAGUGUCAAAAAAGCCCCCACCCCAGGGGAAAAAAUCUAUAACACUAUAUAAAACAAAUUAAAGGAAUAUUUCAAAAGUACGUUCUUACUACUUUUAUUUAUGGUUAACGUAAGCUCCGUUAAAUUACUCGCUGUAAUUUAGUAUUUUCUCUCUCCACUAGCAUCUCCUAUUUUGAACAACAAAUCACUCCGGGAAGAUUGACUGUGCUAUUAUAAUAUUAAUGAAACAACAACAUAAACAAUAACAUCUGCUCAACAUGUCGGAACAGGUCGGAUCAGUGAUCCAUAAAAAAUCCUCUGACUUUCAUGGUGGAAUUCGAUUUCAAUCGAGUUUUACAAUCAGAUGGAAACUUGAAGAUAAAACCUUUCUCAAAAUAGACAUUAGUAACUUCAUAACUUUCUCCAAUAGCGUGACUUUCAGAAAGCCUCGAGGGACGGACUUGGUAACCGCUUGUAAAUUGAUACCAGGCUUCUGUCGGUCAAAGUCAAAUAUCCCGACCCCGGGGUCGCUUCGCACGAUCAAAAGCCAGACAGGGGGAUAGUCUCAGGCAUCAAAUCCCCGCCCCUUGCCUUGCUUCGACAUGUCAUGCUCUUAACACUAAAUACCGAUAGGUUCGCUGAAAAUAAACUUCGACAUUUGGAAAAAAUAAGAAAAAAAGGCAGAAAAGUUUCACAAGCAACAGUCAUUUCUUUGAAUAUGGCGGAGUAAAGGUUAAUAGAAAAUUUAUGUCCAUGAAAGUCCUUUUCAUUUGUGUGUACUUGGGAGUUUUUAAAGAUAAUUGGUAGCUAUUUCGUUGGUGGCGAGAUGACCGGAUAUCGUUGCCGGUACUCAUUUAUUCACUUGGAUGGAGAGAGAAAAAAUGGAACAAGGUUUCUUAUCUAAGGAAAUAGCGCGACGGCAAGGCUUAAACCUAAACCUUCCGCUGAUCUAAAUUCACGUUGUAGUUAGUCACCUUUCCUGCAGCACAUGUGCGUGGUUCUAGUAGACUUUAACCCUUUAAACCCUGAAGUCUCAUUUGUUAUCCCUAUCAUUUUUAGUGGAAGUAGUGGGGAGAAUUUUGUUGAUGUAUCAGUUAGAUUCAUCUUGUGUGAUCAUGUCCUUAAUUCUCAUGACCACUGUGUUUUAUUAUGCAGUGAUAUCACAAGGAGAAAUUUGACGCUGAUCACUCUUGGGACUUAAAGGGUUAAGGAUCUUUAAAAAAGGAAAUUUCUUGUUGCUGUUUGUUGUUAUUAUUACUAUUUUGUUGUUGUUAUUGUUUUUUAAAUAAUAUUUUGAUCAUGAGGCACCUCUGAAAGUAAAGGAGUGAUCGAUAAGCCUUACUUCUUAUCCUCUGCUCAACAGUGUGGUAUAGUAGUUUAUGGUGGGACCAUGCUACCUGGUUGCGGAAAGAAACAUAAGAAUUUAAGUGCAGGGAGUCCAUUUGAG